CCGUAAAUAAACUCAAUCGCAGGCCUAUUCUCGCAACAAAAAAACUCAUCCGACUCUAAAGCCUGCACCGGCGACGCCAGACUCAUCUGCAAUGGCGUCUCUCGCGCUCCCGAACUGCGCAUCGUCGUCGUUUCACGGCCAGUUUCCUGCGGUUUCGGCGCCGCGCUUCGUACGGUUAACACACGUAAGCCCUAGAAAGCGGUCCGGUGGCCUCCAUGUGAAGGCGUCGGCGUCCGGGAUUGUUCUGGUGGAGAAGACGGAGGCCGAGAAGGUCAGCCGCCUUAAGCAAACCUACCUCAACAAGAUUGUGCCCUUGCUCAAAGACGAGUUCUCCUACACCAACGUUCAUCAGGUUCCUAAGGUUGAGAAGAUUGUGAUAAACUGCGGCAUUGGUGAUGCUGCACAGAAUGCAAAGGGUUUGGAAGCAGCAAUGAAUGAUUUGGCAAAGAUUACUGGGCAGAGGCCAAUUAAGACACGAGCAAAGAAGGGUAUUGCCACCUUCAAGCUCAGAGAGGGUCAACCAAUUGGCAUUGCAGUCACUCUCAGAGGAAAUAUGAUGUACUCCUUUCUUGAUCGGCUAAUUAAUUUGGGGCUUCCUAGAACAAGGGACUUCCAAGGUGUUAGUCCCAAUAGUUUUGACGGGCAUGGAAACUAUAGUGUUGGUUUCCGGGAACAGGGCGUGUUCCCAGAGAUAUCAUACGAUAUACUUGGUAAGCCACGGGGAAUGGAUGUUUGCAUAACGACUACAGCUAAUACCGAUAAGGAGGCCCAUAGACUGCUUGCUCUCAUGGGGAUGCCCUUCAGAGAGGGUGGCGGUCCUACUACGCUGAUUCGCAAGAAAAAGCUGAAAGCUCACCAUUUUGAUUCAAAAUCAAAGGGCAGGGCACGGAGAUAAAUGUUUGUUGUUAUACAGGAUGCAGAGUUUCUUGUAUUUUGUUAUUAUUGCUUUGUUUUGCUUGAUUUUUGUGUAGAGCUGUGCAACUGGAUCUAAAAAUCAUGUUGCUUUUAUUGUCAUUUCUUCUAAAUGUGCCCACGAAAGCUGUUGCUUCCAUUUA